AUUUGGAUCCGAUCCAACUUUGUUUCAUCGCCGUGCCGUGCCGUGCCCUGCCGUGCCUUGAAGGCUUCCCCCGUCGUUCUCGCUCGCUUUCUCUCGAUGUUAGUGAGCCUCUGAAACAUCUCCAGCCUAUAUCAUUGCUCACACUGAUGUAGCGAGCUUUUCCCUCGAUUCCCUCGCGAAAGCCCACCACCAACGGGGAUGAAAAGCUCUGGCGAGGUCGGAGAUGCGCUCAAGUCUCCCCUCUUCCUCAGGGUCUCUGUCCUCGUCCUCGCCUCCGUUGCCUCUUUCUUUCUCGGUAAGCACUGGUCCGACGCUUAUCCUCAGCUUGUCUUCUACACCAAUUCCAACUCCAAUCACGAUGGCUCUGUCGCCAUCUCCCCCAAUGCCAACCUCUCUGUUGAUGUCUCGGCUCUCAUCUCCAACAUCUCUGCCACACCAACCAUGGAUGCGUCUCCGUCGGAUCUCUCGUCCUCGCUCCCCCCGCCGACACCGCCGGAGAGGUUUGGGAUCUUAGAUGAGAAUGGGACGAUGACGGAGGACUUCAAUGUCGGUGAGUUUGAUCCAGAUCUGGUUGACAAAUGGGAUAACGGCACUGAUGGAGAGGCGGGAAGUGAGGGUAAGCUGCCGAAGUUUGGAUUUUGUCUUGAGAGUAUGAGGGAAUACAUUCCUUGUUUGGAUAAUGAGGAGGCGAUCAAGAAGCUCAAGUCUACUGAGAAAGGGGAAAGGUUUGAACGGCAUUGUCCUGGAGAAGGGAAGGGCCUGAAUUGCCUUGUUCCAGCUCCUAAGGAUUAUAAGACUCCAAUCCCCUGGCCGAGAAGCAGAGAUGAGGUUUGGUAUAGCAAUGUGCCACACCAACGCUUGGUGGAAGAUAAAGGAGGCCAGAAUUGGAUUUCAAAGGAUGGUGAUAAAUUCAAGUUUCCUGGUGGUGGAACUCAGUUUAUACAUGGAGCUGAUCAAUAUCUGGAUCAGAUGUCCCAGAUGGUUCCAGAUAUUGCAUUUGGUAAUCAUACGAGAGUUGUCUUAGAUGUUGGAUGUGGAGUAGCAAGUUUUGGUGCCUUUCUCCUAUCAAGGAAUGUGCUUACCUUGUCAAUGGCUCCAAAAGAUGUUCAUGAAAACCAGAUCCAGUUUGCUCUUGAGCGUGGCAUGCCUGCUUUUAUAGCAGCUUUUUCAACACGGCGACUAUUGUAUCCAAGCCAGGCAUUUGACCUAAUCCAUUGUUCAAGGUGUCGAAUAAAUUGGACCCGUGAUGAUGGUAUUUUGCUUCUUGAGGUUAACAGAAUGCUCAGAGCUGGAGGGUAUUUUGCUUGGGCAGCACAGCCUGUAUAUAAACAUGAAGCAAGCCAACAAGAAGCGUGGAAAGAGAUGGAGGAGCUUACUGGACGAAUUUGUUGGGAACUUGUGAAAAAAGAGGGAUAUAUUGCAAUAUGGAGGAAGCCUUUGGAUAACAGGUGCUACAUCAAUCGUGAUCCUGGAGCGCAACCUCCACUAUGUGAUCCAAAGGAUGAUCCAAAUAGUGUCUGGUAUGUUGAUCUAAAGGCAUGCAUCACCCGUCUACCUGAGAAUGGGUAUGGAUCAAAUAUUAAAGCAUGGCCUGCUCGUCUGCAUGAGCCACCAGACAGGCUUCAGGAUGUACAGAUGGAUGCAUAUUUAUCGAAGAAAGAACUCUUCAAAGCAGAGUCAAAUUACUGGAAUGACAUAAUUGAAGGCUAUGUGCGUGUUUUCCAUAUGGACAAAAUGAAAUUGCGGAAUGUAAUGGACAUGAGGGCUGGAUUUGGAGGGUUUGCAGCUGCCCUUAGCGACCUGAAAAUUGAUUGCUGGGUUAUGAAUGUUGUCCCUGUUAGUGGACCCAAUACACUGCCUGUAAUAUAUGAUCGAGGACUAAUAGGUGUUAACCAUGACUGGUGUGAGCCUUUUGAUUCAUAUCCAAGAACGUAUGACUUACUGCAUGCAUCUGGUCUUUUCUCAAGAGAGCACAAAAGGUGUAACAUCUCUGGGAUACUGUUGGAGAUGGAUCGCAUACUUCGCCUGUGGUCGGGUGCUUACAUCCGUGACUCUAGAUUUAUCGUUAAUGAGAUCAAAGGAAUAACAGAAGCCAUGGGUUGGAGGACUGAAGUGCGUGACACUGCUGAAGGGCCCUAUGCAAGCAGGAAAGUGAUCAUGUGCCAGAAGCAAUUGCUGCGCGGUUGAGAAUUUUCUGUUUGUUGUUCAGUUCCUCACUUGAUGAAGGUAUACAUUCUCAAUCUCAGCUUGGACACACUUCAAAGGUGGUGUAAGGGCGGGAGGACCGUGACAGGUGGCAAGGUUUGUAUAGCUAGCUGGUUUGAACUUUCUUGUGAACCAGAAAAUAAUUUAUGUUCCUUAUCUUCUAUUUUCUCACCCUGUUUUUUGGUUGUUGAUUAUGGACCAGGGACUGUAAUGUAUUUUUUUAAACUGUUCUUUUUCUUAAUUCAUACACAGCCUAGAAAUUGGGCUUUUGGUCUUCUUUUAUUUUUUCUGUAUGGGAGACAUACCUUUAUAUUCGGAAUAAACGCACCUAGUUUUGUA